AUGGUUGCUUUCUCUUUUCUUUUCGCAGGGUUGACCCUUGCUACUGGCGCUUUGUCUGCUCCGGGUGCGAUUCCGUUGUCUAAGAGAGCUGGAACUCCAAGCAGCACCGGAACCCACGAUGGAUUCUACUACUCUUGGUGGACCGAUGGCGGAGCUGACGCGACAUACACCAACGGUCCCGGCGGCGAAUACACCGUCAAGUGGUCGGAUGGAGGUAACUUGGUCGGCGGCAAGGGAUACAACCCUGGUGGUCGACGAACCGUCGAGUACUCGGGCACCUAUAGCCCCGAGGGCAACAGCUACCUCGCGCUGUACGGCUGGACCAAGAACCCUCUGAUCGAGUACUACGUCGUUGAGUCGUUCGGCACGUACAACCCCUCCAGCGGCGGCGAGAAGAAGGGCGAGGUUACGAGCGACGGCGCAACCUACGACAUCUACGUUAGCACGCGCACCAACGCGCCGUCUAUCGAGGGCACCCAGACCUUCCAGCAGUACUGGUCGGUUCGCCGAGAGAAGCGCGUCGGCGGAACCAUCACCACCGGCAACCACUUUGAUGCGUGGGCCGAGGCUGGUCUGAAGCUUGGAUCGUUUGACUACAUGAUCAUGGCUACCGAGGGAUACUUCAGCAGCGGCUCUGCGACUAUUACUGUCGGCGGAUCGUCUUCUUCGGGUGGUGAUGACAGCACUGGUAGCAACGAGGAGACUGAGACUGAGCCUGUCGCGAGCGCACCUGCUGCCAGCGCACCUGCUCAGAGCCAGCCUGCUGCUACCCAGCCCGCCCAAAGCGAGCCUGUUCAGAGUGAGCCUGCUGAGAGCGAGGCUUCGCCGGUGACGUCCCAGCCUGGCUCCGGCUCCGGCUCCGGCUCCGGAUCUGAUACAGGCUCUGGAUCAAACUGCGCUCCCCAAUGGGGCCAAUGCGGCGGCCAGAGCUGGACCGGCGCGACCUGCUGCCAGUCUGGAACCUGCACGGAGCACAACCCAUGGUACUCUCAAUGCCUGUAA